AUGUCCUUAGAGAAGAAUUCUGGCGAUAAUUCUGAAAACAUUUCUGAUAACACAUCUGACCCCAAAGUGACUGCCUCCAGCAAUUCUGAUAUAUGUCAAGAAUUGAAAAUCUCCGCAUCUCAUAUCUCUGCAAAACCUAAAUCAUUGGAAGAAAAAGAGAUCAACAGUUUCUUAUAUGAGAAAAAUAAAGAAAGUAUUAGUAAUACGAUAAGAGAAAGGAACCGGGAAAAGAAGCUUAGAUCUCAAGACUUAUCUUGCGAGAACAAUAGUUUGUCGAUAGAGACAUCUAAAACGGUUGCUAUAAUAGAUAAAUCGUCUAUAACAACUCGAGAACCCCUAUCACCUAUUAUCCAGACACAAAAUACCACUCCCUCCAAAAUAGCGGAAGCUAGUACGUCGAUGCUAAAAAUACCAUAUAACCAGAAAAUCGAACAGGGUAUAAUUCAAGAAACGGACGAGAGUUGGCCCAAUGGUGGACACAUAUAUUUCUACAGAUUCGAAAAAAUCAUUCCAGAAGAAUCAACUGAGAUGGCUACUCAGACAGAUUCUAAUCCCACGUCUUCAACAUCUACGGAUCAAGCCAAUUCAAAAAACGAUGUGCCUUCGGCGACAUCAACGUCCACUCGUCGAAGAGCAAAGAACCUGCUAAGAGAUUAUUAUGGAUUAGGGCCAGAUGGAAAGAAGGCCGAUCCGUUGGAUAUCGAUAAUUCAGCAUUUGAAGGGGAUAGCUAUUUCUCAAAGUUACUUGUUGAGAAUAACCUGAGUGCGUUGAUGCAAAGAGAUAAUGAUUUGUCUACUGAAACGAGGCAAUUGGAUGGUGAUAUGAAAACUUUGGUGUAUGAGAAUUACAGCAAAUUUAUCAGCGCCACAGAUACAAUUCGAAAGAUGAAAAGCGAUGUCGAGAAAAUGGAAUCAGAGAUGCAUGACUUGACUAAAAGCAUGGCAAAUAUUUCCGAAGUCUGUUCGUCGGUGAAUUCGGCACUUGGACCCAAGCGCGAGAAGAUCAGACAACUUACGAAUAUUCAAAACUCAUUAAAGAGACAUCAGCAGUCUUCUUGA